AUGGAUACAGUAGCUGUAUAUCACGGUAAAAUCAGCAGAGAGACCGGGGAGAAGCUCCUGCUUGCCACGGGGUUGGACGGCAGCUAUUUGCUGAGGGACAGCGAGAGUGUUCCGGGCGUGUACUGCCUGUGUGUGCUGUAUCAAGGUUACAUUUAUACAUACCGGGUGUCCCAGACAGAAAUGGGCUCUUGGAGUGCAGAGACUGCACCUGGGGUACACAAAAGAUUUUUUCGGAAAAUAAAAAAUCUCAUUUCAGCAUUUCAGAAGCCAGAUCAAGGCAUUGUAAUACCUCUGCAGUAUCCAGUUGAGAAGAAGUCCUCAGCUCGAAGUACACAAGGGAGAAGAGAUUCUGAUGUUCUCUUGAAAGCACCAUGA